AUGUUUCGAAUUCUGCAAAUCCUGGCCAACGAGCUUUCAGAUCGAAAACGGAAUGAAGGAAUAUGGACAGUAGAGUUUGAAAAAUUCUCAACUUUACAUGAUUCUGUGUUGAGAUCGGCUGGGACACUGGAGGAAAUUCUUAGCGGACACAUGCUUUUGCUUUAUGUAUCGACCAUAUUUUCCCUAUGCCUGUCGAUGGUUGUUUUGUCUUUGCCCAUCGAUGACUUUAUUUUGCUGCUAACAACAUUUGUCGCAUUUGGCUACUGUAUUUUUCAAACCUUUUCCUUCUCUUACCUCGGCACUGAGCUCAUUGAGCAAAGCGAAGCAGUAGCGGAUGCAAUUUUCCACAGCAAAUGGUACACGCAGAAGCUGAACAGACAGAAAGACAUGUGUUUCUUGAUGAUGCGAGCAAAUAAGCCGGUUAAAUUGACUGCCGCCAAGUUGUUCGUUGUAACACGCGAUUCCUUCACCCAGGUGAUUAAACAGGCAUACACAAUCUUUACAUUGAUGUCACAGUUUUUGGACAACCCUGUGAAUUAAAAUAUUUGGAUUGUAGAGAAUCAUACAAUUGCGUAUCCAAUCAAUUAUAAUUGACAGUGCUCUAAUAAACGCAAGAUUUGCAACAUAUAUCGGAA